GAUGCAUUUAGAAUUCUUCGGUUCGAGAUGAGUUGUGCAAUUGAUUUUGUUUCGAGCCGUUCAAGCGAAGAUAGAUCGAUUACAUUCCUAAAGAAGCAUUUUAUUCAGCUCAGAUUCAUGCAUUCUGAAAUGAGAGGAAUGGAAUUCUAUACUUUAGGCAAUUUUUAAUCAGAUUUGUGGAGCUUAUCAAGGUUUUAUCCUGCCCUAAAAUUAUCAUCCAUUUUUUUAUUGUUUUCUCUAAUUUCUUUGAUUUUUGUGUGCUAAUGCACAUUAUUAAUUUAUUAUCAAGACAAUUUGGGGAUGUUCUGGUGAAAUACGGCAUCCAUUUUAUUUUAUUUUUUGUUUCUUAAUCAUACAUGCGGAAAUAAAUUCGGAAUCAAUUUGGUUUUAAUGUAAACAAGACUGCAUUUUUAGGGCAUUUUAUUUUCUGUGAACAGAAAAAUUGGUAUUGCUUGCCUUAAAUAGUUGGAAGAUAUUGAUGAUUUUGGAGCAACGUGGAGAAUAAUUUCACCGUGCAACCUUAGUUUAGCAGAUUUUUUAUGAGAAGGUUGUAUGAUGUGCAAUGGGGUGGAAGGUGGUUUUACUCUCAUUGUUACAUAUUGCCACUGUGGUUGAUGCUAUGAGCCGGUCGGAGAGAUUUUUGUCCUUGGGUAUGUAUGUAGGAACUUCCGCCAUUCGCAAUUGGGUGGUUAGCAGCGCAGCCAUAUUUGUGUUGGUGGCUGUCAUUCUGUCCAUGUACUUGAUCUUUGAUCAUUUGAUUGCCUACAACCAGCCAGAGGAGCAGAAGUUCUUGGUGCCCAUUAUUCUAAUGGUUCCCGUAUAUUCUGUGGAAUCGUUUCUAUCACUGUUAAACUCUGAGGUUGCCUUCAAUUGUCAAAUUCUGCGAGAUUGUUAUGAAGCUUUUGCAUUGUAUUGCUUCGAGAGAUAUCUCAUAGCCUGCUUAGGUGGAGAGGAAAGUACCAUUAAAUUUAUGGAAGACCAAAGCUUGGUUACCUCUUAUACACCUCUUGUAGAUGAAGUUUAUGCUUAUGGCAUUGUUCAACAUCCUUUUCCAUUGAGUUGCUUUUUAAGAGACUGGAAGCUUGGUGCUGAAUUCUAUCAAGCUGUAAAAAUUGGUGUUGUGCAAUAUAUGACACUGAAGAUGAUAUGUGCAUUACUUGCAGUGCUUUUUGAAUCUUUGGGCGUUUAUGGGGAAGGAAAGUUUGACUGGGGAUAUGCUUAUCCCUAUUUAGCGGUAGUACUAAAUUUCAGCCAAACCUGGGCCUUAUAUUGCCUUGUGCAGUUUUAUUCUGUUACCAAGAAUAAAUUGGCACCAAUUAAACCCUUGGCCAAGUUUUUGACAUUCAAGUCAAUCGUCUUCAUGACAUGGUGGCAAGGUGUUGCUCUUGCCUUUAUUUUCUCAUUUGGAGCUUUUAAGGGGUCACUGGUACAGGUUCUGGAAGCCCGUAUACAAGACUACUUCAUAUGUUUAGAGAUGGGUGUGGCUGCUGUGAUACAUAUCCAUGUUUUCCCUGCUGAACCCUACAAACACGGAGAGAGAUGUGAGCGAAAUGUUGCUGUCAUGGCUGAUUACGCAGCCUUAGAAACUCCACCAGAUGCCGAAGAGGUUCAAGACUGCGAAAGAUCUCCCACAAUACCUGUUUCGAUGAUUACAGAGGGAGAAGAAACCCACCCGAAAAUCCACCAAAGUGUCUGUGACGUGCUCCUUGGAAGCGGUGGGAUUAUGGUUGAUGACGUGAAGUUUACUGUGUCCCAUGUUGUCGAACCAGUUGAAAGAGGACUGUGUAAACUGAAUAGAACUUUUCGCCAUAUAUCUGAAAACAUGAAAAAACAUGGGGAAUGCAAGAAUGAUUGCUGCCUAGUCCCAUUGAACUCGUCCCCGAAAGAAAUCGCUAGCACAAGCGACAACGAUCAUUAACCGGUUAUAUCAAAAUACAGAGAUACGCAGGUCUGUAAUGCAGUGCCCCGAAAUUGCAGAUGAAACCAUUUCUGGAAUCUCAACUAUUCAGGGAAUCUUUCUUUCUUUUUUUUAAUAGGUACAGGAGAUCUGCAUUUUAGUGUUAUUAUAAUUGUUAGUUUUAGAAGAAAAAAGAAAAUUACAGCAGUGUACUAUUAUUAUUAUUGUAGUUGGUAUUUUACUAGUAAUACUCUUGUGGGAUA